AUGAAGUUCCUCGCAAUAGCCAAUCUAGUCGCAGGACUACUACUGCGUCCGCAUGGUGUUGUCGCUAGCCCCUCUGUCAACGUUGCCCUACAAGCCUCGUUCGAUGCGGGCCCGUACCUAGUAGAGCUGCUAGAGACCGCUGCCGAAGAAAACUCCACCGCUUAUUUCCCCCUACUCGAUCGAAUCGCAGAAGGCAACUUUGAGGAUGCCGUCACCGAGCAAGACUUGUACAACCGGUUUCUGAAAGUCCUUCGCGACGACGGACAUCUCGCAGAUGAGGAUAGCCUGGCAUCCUUCAAAUUUGCGCUCUCGAUUCGCUCCGCUGCUCCCCGAAUACAGGCACAUUACCAGUACUACAACACAUCUGUCGAACCCACAUUGGGAACAGCCCAGGAUGCUGCCUGCCCAGUAUGGGUUCACAUGGAUGGCAAGCAAUACUGCUCACCGACACUAGAACGGGCCCAACAAGGCGUGUCUGGUGAUAGUGACCCUCGAGAAUUACCCUUUGAUCGGACUUUCGGUGACUCUGAAGCCCCUGGGGCAGUCCUUUAUGCAGACGUUUCCUCGCCAGUCUUUGCCGACUAUCAUCGCACAUUACAAACUCUUGCGAAUGAGGGUCAAAUUGCGUAUCGUGUUCGAUACCGCCCUCUUCAAAACACUCUUCCUCGCCCGCUUUUUGUGAAUGGUUACGGGGUUGAAUUAACUCUGAAAAGAACAGAUUAUAUCGUGAUCGAUGACCGUCAAGCAGAGGAAAGGGAGGACAAGACUUCCGGUCAGACGAAAGGGAAACAGCCAAGCACAGAUAGCCUAGAAGAAGAAUCUCCUCCGGACUUGAAACCGCUGUCCUCUUCCGAAGUGUCAAGACUGGGGAUCAGUGCAGCAGGUUUCAUCCUCGACAGUCAAGAACCAUUCACCACGCUGCUCAAACUCUCGCAAGAUUUUCCGAAAUACUCGGCUGCUGUGGCGGCAUACAAUGCCUCGGAUCAGUUUUUGACAGAAUAUACGCAGAAUCGUCAGGCUGGCCUCCCAUCCGCACGCAACCUCAUGUGGAUUAAUGGUCUACAAGUGGAUUCGCGUCAGGUUGAUGCGUAUUCUUUGUUAGCUCAUCUACGACGAGAGAGGAAGGCGAUAGGAGAGUUCAAGGGGCUUGGGCUGUCUGGAACGGAAGCAGUAAAUCUACUGUCUUACCCGGCAUUGACCGAAGUCCAAACAACCAGCGAAUCGCAACGCUACGACUGGCGUGACGAAGUGGAGGAGGGAGGUGUGCUAAUCUGGAUGAACAAUAUCGAGAAGGAUAAAAGAUACAGCAGCUUCCCAACUGCUCUUCAAUCCCUUCUCCAGCCAACAUAUCCUGGCCAACUUCCACCUGUUCGCCGCGAUAUUCACAAUGUGGUGGUUCCUGUGGACCUUGCUAAUGAAGACGACGUCUCCUUUAUUUUACAGUAUCUUUACGUUUUUGUUAAGCGAAUGAUACCUGUACGUUUUGGGCUCGUACCUAUACUACAUACGGAGGACUCGAAAACCCAAGCAAAGGUUGCACACUACCUUCACCAGACGCACGGACUUGCUUCGUUGGUGAAAUACUUGGAGACUUUGUCGCAUAAGAAAACUGUUAAGGCCGAGAAGAGCAUUUUCGAAACUGCGAUUGCGGGCCAUGCUCCCCGCGCAAACCAGCAAGAGCUAUCAUUUGACCAAGUCGUCCAGUCCCAAGAACUAGAUGAGACCAUUGUAAAGACCGCCAAAUACUUGAAACGUCUAGAUCUCCAAGGCGCUUCGCCUCCUACAUUGAUCAAUGGCAUCCCCAUGUCUCGCAGUGAUCAUUACAUGCAACAGCUGCCUAUGCAGCUCGGGAGAGAUCUUCAAUUAAUUCAGCAGGGUCUUAUUCAAGGUGAAAUUGGAGAAGACAGUUGGAUUCCAAGUUUCUUCCUUUCUGGGGCGUCGCAAACCCGUAACGAAUGGAUUAUACCUGAGAAUGACGAGGUUCGUAUAGUUAAUAUACUUGAUGUCGUGAGCAAACACAACGAUUUCAAUGACGUUCUCCGCAUUCCGUCAGAUAAGGACCAUACCGCGAGUAAUGUACAGUUGGUUGUGAUUGGCGAUUUUGAUACUGAUCAUGGACUCGCUCUGCUACUGUCUGCUCUCAGGUUCCGUCAGGCGCAUUUGGAGGCUGAGAUUAUUCCACUUCACAGCCCCAGUACUGAAGAAACCCGACCAUCGGGUGUUUCAUCUAAACUUUACGAGCUUCUGCGUCAGACCAACCAACCUCAACUUGCCGAUGUGCUUCUUCAACUUCAAGCUGUUGAUUCUACCUUGAAGGCGUCCACAGAACAGCAAGAGUAUUGGACACAAGCACAACAAUUAGUCCAAGAUUUUGGCUUUAAAUCUGGUGCGUCCGGUAUUCUGUUGAAUGGAAGGGCAAUUGGUCCUCUACCGUCGUCCGUGGACUUUAGCGAUGAGGACUUUGAGCAGCUGCUAGCUUAUGAGGUGUCACAACGACUUGGUCCUGUUUCAGAGGCACUGAAGGGCCUUGGAAUCGAAUCAAAAGUGACAGGCGCGCUUAACUAUGCCAAGUUGACCUCUCUAGUCGCUUUAUCGUCACUACCCGAUGCCUCUGAUGGCAUUUUCGAAAGCAAGUCCAAGUACCGCCUAGAGGUUUGGAAUAGGUGGAACGGCACUCAUUCCACAAUCACUCUUGACUCUGAAGAAGAUGCGUCGAUCAACAUCGUCGCUGCUAUCGAUCCUACAUCCGAAAUGUCGCAGAGAUGGGUCCCAAUUCUCAAGACGCUGUCUGAAUUGGCUGGAGUAAACGUGAAGAUCUUUGUCACUCCCAGUUUCCAUCUGAAAGAACUUCCAAUCAAGCGAUUCUACCGCCAUGUUUUGGCAUCAGAACCGCUGUUUGAUGAGAACGGCGCUUUGGUUCGUCCGGAAGCUGUCUUCAAAGGACUCCCGCAAGAAGCACUCUUAACUCUUGGCAUGGAUGUCGCUUCAUCCUGGCUUGUGGCGCCGAAGGAAUCCAUUCACGAUCUCGACAACAUCAAACUCAGUGCUCUGAAGGAAAACUCCGAUGUAGUAGCGAUUUACGAACUCGAACAUAUUCUAAUUGAAGGCCAUUCUACAGAUACAACCCUUAAGACGCCACCACGAGGUGUUCAGUUGCUGUUAGAAACCGAAAAGGGAUCUUUCUUUGCCGACACAAUCGUCAUGGAUAAUCUGGGAUAUUUUCAAUUCAAAGCGCAACCUGGAUUCUGGAAAAUCGAACUCAAAGAAGGCCGAAGUCAGAGCAUUUUCAAACUUGACAGUCUUGGCGGCACAGAGCCAGGCAGUGAUAGUAACGAAGUCGCCCUGCUAUCCUUCCAGGGCAAAACACUCCUCCCUCGUCUUUCACGCAAUCCAGGAAAGGAAAACGAGGAUGUCCUAGAAACCGGACCGCAGCCAGGAUCGGCCAUGGACUAUGUUUCCAAGGGCUUCAACUUCGCCCAAGGCGUUCUAUCCAGCGUUGGAGUCAAGGGCAAAAGCGAGACGGCCGAGAAACACGCCGAAAUCAAUAUCUUCUCCGUCGCCAGCGGCCAUUUAUACGAACGCAUGCUAAAUAUCAUGAUGGUCUCCGUCAUGAAAAACACGCAGCACACAGUAAAAUUCUGGUUCAUUGAACAAUUCCUCUCGCCCUCGUUUAAAAGCUUCCUCCCGCAUCUCGCCCAGGAAUACGGUUUCUCAUAUGAAAUGGUCACGUAUAAAUGGCCGCACUGGCUGCGCGGCCAGCGCGAGAAGCAGCGUGAGAUUUGGGGGUAUAAAAUUCUGUUUCUGGACGUGCUAUUCCCCUUAUCCCUCGACAAAGUCAUCUUCGUGGACGCGGACCAGAUCGUUCGCACGGACAUGUACGAUCUCGUCUCGCUAGAUCUUGAAGGCGCGCCGUACGGGUUCACUCCGAUGUGCGACUCGCGCAAGGAAAUGGAGGGUUUCCGAUUCUGGAAGCAGGGGUAUUGGAAAACAUACCUCAAGGAAUUACCAUACCACAUCUCGGCGCUGUAUGUCGUCGACCUGAACCGGUUUAGGGAGGUGGCGGCGGGCGAUAGGUUGCGUGGUCAGUACCACACGCUCUCGGCGGAUCCGGAGUCGCUGGCCAAUCUAGACCAGGAUCUGCCGAAUCAUCUGCAGACGAUGAUCCCGAUCAAGAGUCUGCCGCAGGACUGGCUUUGGUGCGAGACGUGGUGCUCGGACGACGCCCUGGCGACGGCUCGUACUAUCGACUUGUGUAAUAAUCCAAUGACUAAGGAGCCAAAACUCGACCGUGCUAGACGGCAGGUCCCCGAGUGGACGGUGUAUGAUAAUGAGAUUGCGGAACUUGCGAAACGCGUGGCUGCUGAGAAGAAUGGGGUGGAUGAUGCUGAGGUCGAUGAAGAGAUUGAGGAGUCUGAGCAACGCCAGGAAAGGAAGGAUGAGCUCUAG